AUGGCCAAUAAAGAAAUUGUGUUCUUUGACUUACCGUCCAAGCCGCCAAACAAGACGUGGUCGUAUAACCCAUGGAAAACUCGGUUCGUCUUGAACUACAAGAACCUCCCCUACAAGACAGAAUGGGUUGAAUACCCAGACAUCAAGGGAAAAUUCCAAGACCACCUCCCGAAGGCGGAUAUCUACACCAUCCCGACGAUCAUCUUGCCCGACGGGACUUGGGUAACUGAUUCCUUCACAAUCGCCGACGUGCUCGAGAAGAAGUACCCGGAGCCUAGCCUCCAUCUGGACUCCCCUUAUCUGCAAAAAGUGAAGGAUAUCCUUGUAGAUGUCUUAACUGCCACUAGGGGCGUCUACGUCCCGGGUGUUUUUAACGGGAUCUUGAACGAUGGUAGCAAGGAGUACUUCCGCCGAACUCGUGAAGUGAUGUUUGGCGCGACCUUGGAGGAGGUAGCUGAGAAGCAAGGCGGCGAAGUAGCAUGGAAAGGUGCACAGCCUGCUCUGGAGAAAGCUACCGCCCUGCUGAAAGAGAAUGGCGACGGCCCUUUCUUCGAGGGGAAGACUGUGGGAUUCGCUGACUUCGCGUGGGCAUCGUUCCUCCUUUUCGCUCAAAGGAUCGGCGAUGACGUCUAUCAAGAGGCGCUGAAGCAUACUGGAGACGCAACAGUACACGAGAAGCUGCUAGAGGCCGUGAAGCCUUGGAAUGAAAGAGUCGACCACUAG